CCUGAACUGUAUGUUGAGCCUUUAACAUCGGGAAUUAUUUAACGCUAAAGGAACACAAUCCUGACACCAUGAACUCGAAUUCAAGGAAACCCAAACUGGCUCAAGAAGUCUGUGGUCAAGGAAGAAGUCAUUUUACACCAAAACAAGGCAAACUGACCAGCAAAGAAAGAGAUAUGGAAGAGAAACCAUUUCCAAUCAAGCCUGUUUGUCCCAAAAGACUUGUCAAGUCCAAGAAAUCUGAAGAUGUUCCCAGUAGUACCUCACUGGGCAAAGACACGUCCAGACUUCUUGCUGGAGAACUACAGAUGACCAAAGUAAUUCAAGAAAAACAGCUGAUGCUACAGAAGAAGCUGUGGAAAGUUGAAAAUGCAUUACGGGAAAGGAUUCAGCGUGAUAAUGCUGAUGUUAAUGUUUAUGGGGGCAACCAAACCGUGGAGAAGAAACAUUACGAGAGACGACAAGAAAAUGUGCAUCCUGAUACUAAAACUAAGCAGAGGACAGAAACGACUGAAAGACACAAUCCCAAACAAUAUAAUUUCAAACAAGACACAAUAACAAAGAAAACUGAACAGUGCAGGGAAACACUGACAAUGAGGAAAGAAGAAAGCAGUGCAAAAUAUAUUAAGAGUGAACAAACACAAUGUCAACAGAAAGCUAGCCCUAGGUUGGCCAUAGGAGAAAAAGUUAUUGCAGGAAAAACAUUGCAUGAGGAACUUAAUCUCCCACAGAUUUCUUCUACUCUGUCCCGGAAGCUUGAACUUGAGACCCCAGAUAAAAACAUCAAACUUCUUCCAUGCAGCAUCUGUAAACGAACUUUCAUGCCAGAUAGACUGGAGAAGCAUAUGCAGAUCUGUAAAAAAGUGAAAACGACCAGGCGACCGGUGUACAAGUCACACCUGUAUAGGAUCAAAGGAUCAGAUAUGGAGGAGUUCUGGAAAACAAAGGGCAGAAGCAGAAACCCUGAGGUACCACAGAAAAAGAAGCAAAGUCAAUACAAUAAAACUUAGUAGUGAUACUGCUAUAUGUAUACCAUUAGUGAUAGGCUUAAAGCAUAUAAGAGACAAAGUAUAUAUAUUU